AUGGCAUCAGCACCCGAGCCUGCUAAACAGCAUGGCGCUUCCAAAAGCACCAGCGAAAUCGCCUCGACUGAGGCGAAUUCGUUUACCAACUGGGGUCAUGAAAAUGACACACCCUUGGAGACACUGCACAACCCGUUUCGCAAGCAUGGGAAAAGGCUUAAUAACUUUUCAACUAACCAGAUAGAUAUACCCAAGAUUAGUAUUUCGAAUGAUGCUGGACUGCGCCGUGGCCACUCUUCGCUGAAUAUCGGCAUAGCAGUAUCGGACUGGGAGACUGUCGCAACCGAAGAUGAGGUUGACCAAGGCAAACAUCCAGCGACUUCUCCACGUCGCAAUGGUGUCGAGCCCAAGUGCCAAACUGAAAAUCUCAUUUCUUCUGAGAGCGGUACUCUUUUCCUGCCAGAGAGAAACUCCAUUUUCGGCACCCAGAAUGCCUCGCCAAUGGUCCAUCCCGAGCACUCUCAACAGGCAUUUGCGAGCCAUCCCUCUUUCUACUCAUCUUCCAGCUGUUAUAGCGACACGAACAGAGUCGAAAGCGUCGAUGGAGAUAAUUUCGGAAACUGGAAUCGAGAGGAUGUUGAUUUGGCAAACACUCCUGUAGCAGACCAGACACUUCGCUUCGAGUUGGUUCCAGGGAAUCGAUUCUCUAAGAUCGGUAACCCAUUCCAGCACGAUGAUGGCACGCCUACGUCAAUUGCUCAGGGCAAAAAACCAAUUGAACGCGAUGGGUUUCAGCAAGUUGAAAUCUUCCCAACUGCAACACGAGCCUCGAGUCUUGAGUUGGACCAGGCUGGGCCCUGCGAAAAUAUACGCAGAACCGAUCCUUCGUUUUACAACUCUACUGCCAUUCGUUCGACCUAG